GAAAUAAAAAGAUCAUAUGACAACAGUUUACACAUUCAUUUUGAUACACUUGAUAGCUACGUAUCACCCUUAAAAUUAGGGACCAAAUGAGUGCCAAAAAUGUCUAGUUCAGCCAUGAGUUCAGCUUUUGAAACUGGUUAUUGCUAUUGGUUGAAGAACUGCAGGACAGGUCGAGCAGGUGACGAUGAGGUGUCGGGUUUCAGAGUUGACUUUUGGCUUCACAGACUCGAUCCUUCCGUGAGACUCAAAACGCACGAUUUCCAUGUUCAGAUUUUAAAUAUUCAGCAACUGGCAAAAUAAAGGUUAGCCAUGGCACCCAAAUAUGAGGGCUUGUCCCACUGUAAACUGGCCCUGGUGUUUGCUGUGCUGAUGGACCUGCUGGGUGUGACAUCCCUGCUGGUGGGGGUCUUUGCUCCAUUAGAGAUUAAAGGCAGAGACUUUGGGGAUCUUCUGGUGUACACAGGAGCCCUGCUGAUGCUUAUGUCCCUAGCAGGCUGGGUCAUGUGGUACAGUGGCAAUAUUGAAGGUCUGACCUCCAAAAAGGAGUAUGGGGGAGCUGUGGGUGGAGCUGUGGACCGCAUUGCUCGCUCCCUGAGCCGCAGGAUACGGAUCCCCAGGACUCACAGCAGCCCAUCAUAGAAGAGAAGCUCAAAGAAACCUAUGACAGACUUGACUUUUGUUACAUGAAGGGCUGUCAGACAGGAGGCCAAACUGCCCUGAGUAAGGGAGGAUCAUGGCAGUUGCUGUUCACUUUACAGACACUUCUGUUAUUGGAUCAACAAUUACCUUGUUCACAUGAAAUGUCAGUGUCUUUUUUUAUGUUUUUAUAAAGAAAAACAAAAGAAUGUGUCCUCUCUGUGUAAGAAGUUGCAUGUGGACUACUCAGGAUUUUAAUUCAGGCAUACAAUUGAAUCCAGUAUUUGAGGAUUAC